UAGUGUCCCAAUGAUACAUAGUAGUUUCCUUACUCAGCCUAUAACUCCUUCCUAUUUACAUUUUUUAAGCUUUGGUGAUAUCUUCUGAAACGCUUGAGUAACAUAGGAAGUGCGUACCUGCCUUAGGUAGUAUGUAUAAGGAAGGGGAGAUAGGAUGGAUUACGGCAUUUGACUUUAUGUAAUAUUCAAUCAACUGUGAAAGAACCAACGAUCAGACUGACCAACGAUGCGAUAGACUUUUAACCUUUUCAGCCCUUCCAACCUGCCAACCUGCCAACUUAGUGGGGUUGACAGCAGGGGAUUUAACUGUGGAGCCCGCUAUAUCAUCCACUGUAAUUCUCGGUAACUUUACCUUGUUAGUCGCGUGCACGGGUCAACAGCACAAAGACCCCUGAUUCUUUACCAACACUCUAACUAAACAAUUCCCAUAAAAGAAACUUUGUCUUAAAAAGACCAACACUAUGUCGUCGUCAACUAGCUUAAGCCGCACGCGCUCGCUUCAAAAACCUACUUCCGGGAGCAAUGGAUCAACACGGGGGAAUAUACCCUCGGCGCGUAACGAGGCUAGGAACACGUCGCCUAGCAGACUACCAGUGAAACCCACAAUGACGACCCGAUCGAUGGUGUCGAAUACCACAACCUCUUCUACUACCACUGCGCGACGAAUAGCAAGCUCUACUAUCACGGGGAGACCUCCCUCGGGGACUUAUAGCAAGGCCCCAUCCGCACGCUCAGACAAUGCCGGUAAUACUGCAGCCAAAGCUCCCAGGCCUCUAGGCAGAGCAUCGUCUACGCGUCAAGUUUCAUCCUCGUCAACGACAGCAGGAUCGGUUCCUUCAACCCGCUCCGCAAGUACAACCGUCAACCGACCGAGAUCAUCCGGCGGUCCGCCUCCAACGGCUUCUAACCGAUCUAUCGGACACUCACGAUCGAAAUCUACAGUCACGAGCCUCACGGCCGCAACAACCCUCCGCCCUGCCGCUCAAUCCCGAAUAUCCCAAACAUCAUCUACAUCGUCGGGCCGCACGAGCCCCGCCGCAAGCGCAAUCACGACAGCGAGCUCGAAAGCUCCGACACGGCAGACACGCUCCCAGACACACACGCGCACGCGCACGAAAUCGCAAUCCCAACCCUCCUCUACUUCUACUUCCACCUCUACCUCGCAGCAACCCACCAGCCGCCCAGCGUUCAACACACACCAACAGCACUACAGCCCAGCCAAGUCCCUCGCGCCGAAGCCCCUAACAUCCACCUUCCUCGCACCCCCCUCGCCCUCCAAGCUCCCCGCCAACGUCGCCAUCUCCGCCGAGACUAGCCGUCUACAGACGGAACUACUGCAGCUCUCGCUUCUCCAUCGCGACGCCGCUGCCGUCGACUCCGAAUGGCGCCAUAGCGCGCGCCAGAAACUCGGGGCGCGGUUCGCGCGGUUAAACGCCGACCACGACGCCCUUAUCAAGCUCGAGAGACACGGUGUCGAGGCCCGGAAUAUCGCGGCGCUCGUGCGGUGGGGCAAAAGUAAUCGGUCGGGUCUCGGGCUAGAAGAGAAAGUCCAGAUCCUAGACGAAGUCCUCAACGGCGUCUGGCAGCUCGGCGAGCUGGGCGGGCGCUACCAGCGCGUCGUAGCCAACUUCGAGGUCUGGGCCGAGCGCAUGGCCUCUAUCAUCGCAGCCCAGCGCUCGGGAGACGUCGAAGGUCUAAUCGCCGGCGACGAGGUGCAGUUUCUAGGCGACCUAGACCGGACGUGGGCGCGCGACUGCGAGAGCCUAUUACGGAAACUCGAGGGGUGGCGGGCCGCUUUACAGGAUCUCGGCGACGUCGACGUCGACGACGACGACUCUAUAGCCGACUCCGGGCUAGCGCGGAUGGUGCGCGGCAGCCGUGCGCUCGUCGACGAUAUGUUAGCUGAGCUGGCGGUUAUGGGGCAGAUCGAGCGGGAUGCGGCGAGGGCGGAGAACGAAUGGAUCACGCGGAUGAACAAGGCGAUCGAAGACGAAGACGACGAUACCCCCGCCGCGCGAGCGUAUGUGCCGCUCUGGAAGUUGGCGGCGUGAGGAUGUCUGCUUGUUUGCUAA